UUGCACCCCGCACAUUUCUGUUCGGAAUUCAUUCUGCUUUCGCUUGUCGCCAGUGCACCACGCGCAGCUCUCCGCGGUUUUGCCAUGGCUCCCAACCUCAUUUCAGUCGGCAGCGGCAACGAGAUGCAGGACGUGGGCAACACAAUCAUCAGCCAGAUUCUGCACGGAAUACCAACACCGGAGAAAAGUACCAGCAGCAACUUGAUUUUACGCCGAGUUUACAACCUCAAUUUCUCCAAGAGUAAAAAGGUAACGGUCGGGAUGGACGUGACCAACCAGUUUGAAGUGCAUUUGUUUCUGGAGAAUGCUUCAUGUCAACUCGGCGUUCUUUUACCGACCGCCGUCUUUGAAGAGCUUGUGUACGAACCAGAGUGGGUGAAACGCGUGAAUGACUUUUUUGAAAAAUCCUCACAAGGAAGUGAAAUGUCAAAGAUGUGUGGGGGAUGUGAAGCGAAGUGCAUUGUGUUGAGUUCAGGUAAUCCUGCUAUUAAAUUCGGGUUAGACAAAAAUAAUUAUGUCAUGUUGGGUGCAUCUACAUGGUCUACUUUGCAAAAUAUGAAGCCUCUUAUCAUUUCCAAGGUGACAGAGUUGACGAAUUGGGCCCAGUCUCCCGAUAUCAAACGUUACUUUUAUUACAUUUUGAAAAAUUUGUAUCAAUGCGCCCAAAAGCAGGGCUACAGUGUCUUCAGUGAUCAAAUGGCCGCAUGUAAAUAUCUCCGUGAAAAUUUGAAAUCAUUUCAGGAUAUAACGCCAGUCGCACAGCCAUGGCAUGAUUUUGUUAUGGAACUAUUGCCAUUCUGACGUUUUUGCAACAGUUCUGAUGAGAGCAGUGAAUGGACAUGUCUUUGAAAACAGUCCCGACACUAUCUAAUUUUAUAAUGUGUGUGUGUGUGUAAUCUAUUUAUAUAGUGGUGU